AUGGGAACAAUUCCAAUUACUACAUGUGAAUGCGAGAGGAGCAUUUCUGUUAUACGCAGACUGAAAACUUAUAUGGAAAGCCGCAUGACAGAGUCAAGGUUUAAUUCUUUAGCUCUGAUGUCUAUUCAUCAAGAAAUAAUUCCUGAGUUAGAAAGAGUUUUGAAUAUUUUUUCUGUUUUAGGGGAACGACGCUUAGAGUUGUCACCAUUGUCAAUUUUUCUUAAUUUCUCCAAGUAUAGAACAAUAAAUGAAUCCGAAGUUUUAGAGAACGUGUCCGUUAAAACUGACAAUGGUUUCAAUAAUGAAAAAAAGUUGAUGAAUGGAACCGAAGUUUUGAAGAAUGUGUUCGUUAAAACUGACGAUGGUUUAAAUGAUCAAACGUUGAGUAAGGGUUAUGAAGAGUUGUUAAAUAGCAUAACAAACAAGAAUGAGAAAGCUGCUGCAGAAAAAAUUCUAAAUUCCCCCUUGAAAGAUUUAACGAAUACAGCAAAAUUAUUUGAAAUGAUCAAUACUGAAAACCACGGACUAGCAAUCAACGAUAUUAUAAAUUCAGAUGAUCUUGAUCUUACGGAACAGGACAAAGUGCAAAUCAAUUUAGCAUUUGUAGGAGGUGGUGACCCAGCUCAAAAAUUUAUAGAGACUUUGGUUCAAGAACAGCCCAAAUUACCUAUCUCUGAUUUAGAAAAUGCCCUGAAAACUAAUAAUGUUUGCUAUGACAAAUUGACAAAUUCUGAUGAAACAAUUUCAAAUCUAAAAUACAAUUGGAUUAAAAGUUUGUGCGUAAAACUAAAUUUUGAUAGUAAAUGGCGCAAUGUUGCAAGUACUCUAGGUUAUACACAGCAAAAAAUUAUUUCAUUUCAACUAUCUCAAAAAAGAGAGAAUAAUUAUUCUCAAGCAGAACGGCUAUUUUCAACAAUUCAACACCGAAAACCAAAUUUGUCAGUUAAAGGCUUUAUGGAUAUUCUUCAUAGUUUAAACCAAGAAAAUAUAUAUCAGCAUAUGAUAAUAAUGGUCAAGCAAGCAGCAAAGAAAGUUACAGUACCCAUAGGAAAUCAAGAAACUUCAAAAAACAAUCAGGACUAGUAUCACUUUUUAAAUUUUAUUUGUUAUUUGAUUUUUAAUUGAUUUUUUUGUUUGAAAUGUUUGUAACGUUUGUUGUAAAAUGUUUGUUGUGAAAUGAUUGUAACGUUUGUUGCUUUUUAACGAAAAACACAAGAAACUUA